AUGCAAAUCCCCAUGAUGAAAGAGUAUACACCACCCCCGAAACCGCCGCCACCUGUUCAGGUAGAUCAGGAGAUAUCCAUUCCUUCAGAUCAUCAUGCUGGAGCCCCGUCAGUAUUUGGUGAUGAGGAUGCCUUGCUCAGUGUCACCUCUGAGGCGUAUGAAGUCAGCACGAAACACACCGACCGAUCUGGGAGUAAUCGUACGAGGUACUCACAAGGAUCCUACUACACGAUGGAUAGUAAAGAGCUGAAAGCGUCCGAACUACGGCCCAAAAGCAAGGAAGACCCAGCCAUGAUUUUGGGCGACCCAAAUAAGGACUCCCACUCUGGGUCACGGUACGGUCAAGACAAACCACUGAACAUUGCUUCGAAUCGACUGGUUGCUCGAGAUAAGGAAAUAGCAACUUUGAAAGCCUGUUUUCAACGUCUCAUGUCGAACGAUGAUGAUGACGAAGAAGAAGCCAAACAACAAAUCAAGAAUAAGGAAUUGGUGUUGAUAAGCGGACAAUCUGGAGUGGGCAAAACAAGCGUCGUCCAAACACUCGAGGACGAUGAUAUUGCCAAGUCUGGUAUUUGUAUCACAGGAAAGUUUACCAUGACGUCCAGCAACCGACCGUACUUGGGAAUAUCGGAUGCUCUCAACAAGGCUUUUCAGACAGUUAUUGGUCAGUCGAAAAAUGAAUCGGUAUCCAAGGCCAUACAAGACGAGCUCAACCAAGAAGUACCCUUGCUGAGGGCGUUGGUACCCUGUCUGAGAGAAAUUUUAGGAAAUACGGAAUCCAAAGCACCAGCGGAUUUGGACUAUGAAGAAUUGGAAAAUGGAUUAGAGCGAUUGAAGUAUGCCUUUCGAUUUCUGAUACGAGUCUUGUGCCAAGAGUUUACACCCUUUCUUCUUGUGCUAGACGACUUGCAAUGGGCGGAUAUUCAAUCACUCCAAGUUCUGGAUUCUCUCAUUUCGGAUAUUAAUAAUGAAAACAAGCUCAUGAUUGUGGGUACCUAUCGAUCUGAUGAAGUGGACGAAAACUCCCUCUUGUAUAAUAAGAUCAUGGCACUUCACGAAAAGGAGGAGGACUUUCAGUUUCGCAUCACCACAAUUAAGCUUAAUCCAUUCAGCGUCGAUGACAUUGAUCGACUCAUUCAAACAGCGAUAUCAUCGACGGAAGAAAGUAGUCAAAUCAAAGAUCUGUCAGAGCUAUGUCUGAAGCGGACACAUGGUAAUCCAUUCUUUGUGAUUGAGUUUCUCAAAAUGCUACAUACAGAACGACUGCUGGUGUAUGAUUCAUCAAAGGAACAAUGGGAUUGGACGCUUUCAACAAUCGAAGAUUCGACAAUGUCCACGGCCAAUGUGGUGGUCUUGCUUCACGAACGAAUGGCAAAGAUGCCCAAGCAAGUUCAAAUCAUAUUGCAAUAUGCAGCAUACCUCGGAUCCAGCUUUAGGGAAGCAACGUUGGAACUAAUUUGGUCAACCUAUGGUACCAUGAGGGCACUUGGAAACAAGGAACCGCUAUCAAAUCUGCUGGCAAUUAUCAUCCGCGAGAGCUUCUUUGAGAAAAUUAGAGGCGGAUACCGAUGGGUUCAUGAUAAAGUGCAAGAAGCAGCCUUGUACUUUACAGGUGAUGUUCGCCCGACGGUGCAACUGGACAUUGGGACGACUCUGUAUUAUUGCCUGAAAGCAGAACAACUGGAAGACGAUAUCUUCAAUGUAGUGGACUUGAUCAACAAUGGAAAUGCCAAGAAACGACCAGAAUUUGCAAACGUCAACCUAAGAGCAGCCGAGAAAGCUCGAGGUAUUAGUGCGUUCCAAGCUGCAGCCAAAUAUGCAUCUCAUGGCAUGGAGCUUUUGACGGACACCCGUUGGUCAGAUAAUCGGUCGUUGACCCUAAAGCUUUACACCAUGGCAGUCGAAAUGGAAAUGAUUCUUGGACACACAGACGUUGCGGAGAAGUAUCGCGAGGAAAUUUUGAAAAAUGGCAACUAUACCGUUACUGAGACGCUUCCAUUGAAGCUGUCCAAGGCGCAGUCAUUAGCUGUUGUGGCCUUGCACUUUGACGAGGCAGUGGGCUACUGUCUUUCGGUUUUGAAGGAACUUGACUGCAGACUAAUUGUGGCUAGGGCGCUGGUUCCAGUGCAAAUGCCCAUCAAGCUUCUGUCGACAAUGUCAAAAGUAAAGAAAUUGGAUGUGGACUUCUUUAAGGGUAUGGGGACAAUGUCAGAUCCAAAGUUGCGAGCAAUCGCUUCGAUUACAAACUACGUCAAGUAUGCUGCUUUCGUCGGAGGAGAUUUGUUUCUGAGUUUGAUUUGUAUUUGCAAGCUCACAGAAAUGACUUUGAAGCAUGGUCUGAACGAGUUCUCUGGUAUCACUGUAGCAUCUCUUGGGAUGACAGCUCUACUUGUCCAACAGGAUUGUGAAUUGGCAGACAAAAUAAUGCAAAUGGCGUUGUCAAUCCAAGAGCAGCUUGGAAAGACGCGUGCCACCGAAGUGCUGUACACUUCGUAUGCGUUUGGGUGGCCAUGGUUGAAACCACUGAGAGAUAGUCUCGAUCCUAUGAGGAGGGCCUACACUGUCGGUGUCCAAACUGGCGAAAUGGUCCAUGCUAUGUGGGGGCUAAUGGCAAAUGUGAUUAUGAUUCCUUAUGCACUGGGAACUCCGAUUGAAACGAUUGUAGCAGAGUGCGCUGGAGUGGUCGCGCAGGCAGAUGAAGCAAAGCAGAUGGGACAAGCUCUCGACGCAAAGGUGUUCUGGCAGAUGUUGCUGAAUCUUAACCUUAGCACCAAAGACGGUGGAGCGAAAUUAGAGGGGAAGAUGUACAGCAAAGCAAACGAUAACAAUGAUUUCACGAUCCACUUAUCGACGGUGCAUUUGUGUGAGGGAGAGCUAUUGAUCUUUCACGGGGAAUAUGAAGCUGCAGCAGAAAGAGCCAUCAGUAAAGGUGAUCUAUUUGCAAAGCAAUCACCGCUGAUGUUCUUCAAUAUGAGCGAGACGUUCAAUCGGGGAGUAGCGUUGUAUGUCAUGGCUCAGAAAACCAAUAAGCGGGUGUAUAAAAAGGAGGCAAAAAGUAUACGGAAACAAGUCGAUAAAUGGGCAAAGUCUGGGAACCCAAACGUUGGGCACUUUAGCCUUCUUUUGCAAGCAGAACAAGAAGCUUUGGAAAAGAAGCACGAUGCCGCCGAUGAAAGCUACAGAAAAGCUAUCACGGCCGCAACGAAGGGUAACUACCUUCAAUAUAUGGCCCUCUUCCACGAGCGAUACUCGGAUUUCUUAUUGAAUGUUCAAUCUUCCAAGGAAGAUUCCGCACAUCAUUUGAACGAGGCAGCUCGAUACUUUGAAGAGUGGGGUGCGACGACAAGAGCUCAAUCCCUAAGGGAUAGCUUGAAGUGA